AUGGCGGUUACACUGGUGCAGGAAGUAGGAAAUGGUGGAGGUAAAGUUGAAGCUUUCUUAUUGGUGAUCAGAAAUGGCGUAUCGGAUGUUACUGCUGUAAAGCAAGCUGUAGAUUCUGUUCAUGGCCAUGGCUCAAUAUAUCAAAUUGUGGAAUGUUUCACAAUGUUAGAGUCAAAGGAAAUUAAUAUCUUCGACUUGAAGUUGGAUGGGGUGAAUGGUCAAUGCCAGCAGGUAGGAGCUGUUCUAACGAGACCGGAUGAAAGUCACCGGCCCUGCGCUAAUGGAUGUGGCUUCUUUGGUACGCCAGCGACUCUGAACAUGUGUUCCAAGUGCUAUAGAGAUUUCUGUAUCAAAGAGCAGCAAGACGCAUCGGCCAAAGCUGCGGUUGGGAGAUCUCAAUUGAAGCAGCAACUGCAACAAUUAUCAAUUCCUUCCUUAUCUGACGAUUCUUCUUCUUUGGUUCCACCAUCAUCAUCAGCGUCGCCAUCAUCAUCUGACACAGGUGGUGUUGGUGUUGGUGUUGAAACAGGCGUGGUGAAGAAGAGGUGCAUGAGCUGUAAAAAACGGGUUAGUGUGUUGGGGUUCAAGUGCAGGUGUGGUAGUAUUUUCUGCUCGGAGCACCGGUACCCAGAGGUGCAUGCGUGCACGUUCGAUUUCAAGGCUAUGGGUCGGGACGCUAUCGCCAACGCUAAUCCUGUGGUCAAGGCUGACAAGUUGCAGAGGUUCUGAAACCUUCUCUCCUAAUUAUUAAGCCGUUCGUUCUUUUUUAGUUUCC